GCUAGGGCGGACUGUGAUUGGGCAGUUGACAGAAAAACAGGUUACGCCAUAUUGUCAGCCCCUGAAGACAGCGCUAAAUUACAGCAAAGAUGAAAAAAUAGUGAGUGUCAUCUUACUCUAAAACACCGACACAUUAUCUUUGAUAACAUGCUAUCUUAUUUCGUAUUCCCUCUAUGCGUUGGACCCACACGCAGUACUUUUGGUGGCGUCGCUAGCUGUUAGCUUUGAAAUCCGUUAGCAUAGAGCUGUUAGCCGAUGUUGUGAGCGGGGCUGUUUCGUGGCGCUGUGGUGCCCUUUAUCGAGCGGUUUACCUGUUUCCACUCAAGUCUUUAUUUUACAGGCUUACUCCACCGACCGACGCAAAGAUGGAUCACACUGGGGUAAUGGAAGGCGCACCCGUGAAGGAUUGUCCAGCUAAGCAGGGAUCUGGUGUCUGCCUGCGAAGUCGCCCAUGCUCCACAGAGAGAGACAGUCAGGUGCGGGCUGUCAAAGCUGCUCUUCAGUCCAGAUUGGGGCCCUACGAGCCGGUUCUGACCUACCUUCAGUCCGUCCUCCUGUGGGAAAGACCAUUUCAAUGUGUGCUUCUUUACAUUGUGGUUAACGUUGUGUUCUGGUAAGUCUCAGCUGAUGUUUGUGAUACUUUGUACAUUUCUAUAUGAACUUGCUCAGUUUUCUAUCUGUGUGAUUUAGUCAGUGUCACAGCAACCCACAUCCGGAUAAUACACAGUGUAUAACGCUUGGUUGAAAGCCAACAUGACUGCGAGCAGCUGGGGAUUUUGCACAAUGCAAAUGUUUCACCUGUCAAUUCAAGACAGCACAGAUGGCUGCAGAGUGGGCCUAUUUAUAGACUCAGGCUUCACAGGGUUCUACUUAGACUCUAAUGUUGCUCCAAAACAAAUAGCUGUCCUUUCCCUCAAAUCAGUUUGGCCCCCUGGAUUGUGGACAGUAAUUGUUGCUUUUGGAGUAGAUAAGGUGGAAUAAGCAGCUCACAUGUCCAUGUGUUAUUGAAGCACAGGUAGAGGAUAGUCAUUUUAAACUUGGCCUUGGUCCAUAAAUCACGUAAAGCACUUGUCAUUGGCACCAGUCCUUUUGUACUCAGCCCUGUUUCAUUAGGUGUGACUGCGUUCCAGAUACUGAAAAACAAAACAGCAUUCGAGUGAAUAGAGAAAGUAAAUGUUAAUUAGUAGGUGAAAGGAUGGACUUGUAACAAGCUUUGUCUAAAUUUUGUGACCUCAAUAAGGUUAUGUUUCACGGAUCACUCUUCUGGUGCACGCAGUGAGUGAGGGCCCAGGCUGACUGGCCUGCUUUUGGAGCUCAGGCAUCCAGCCUUUAUUUGAUCAGAUCACUGGACAUGCGAGGCUGCCCAUCCCGUCACUAUUUUAAUGUGCUUCAGCGCACACUCAGGCUAGUUUUCGCCCCAAGACAUACACUCAUCAAUGUAGUUUUGCAUAAAGCAACUGAUGAUUGAGUGUCACAUGAAAAGGGGGUGUGUGUGUGUAGUGUUAGUAGAGGUGGUGGAAGGGGGGACUCUAAUAUGAGGGUUAGAAACAGUUUACAAAUAAAUACCCGGAAACACCACCAGGAAAAGUAGCCACUAAUUGCGCUCCUAACCCAAAUACUGAAACACCUUGCUCCAUCAACAAAUUCUUUGUGAGGCUAAUCUCUCACUGCUUACUGGCAGAAACCUGAACGACUGUUGCUGUAAACACAUUUUGGUCUCAUGAUCUGAAAGUGGAGCCACACAUGGGUCUUUAAUUUGUUUAUUUAGUGAAAGCUGACUGUGGGAAAUUAGUUGACACAGUGGACACACUUCUUUAGUGAUGGAAAAACUGAAAAACACAUCUGUGCUGAGAUACAGCUCUACCUAUAACUUGUCCUUGAUUUGUUAACUGCCUUUCCCUAUGUACUCUGCUCUUAUAUAAAAACAUUAGCAUUAGCAUUUUUUCACAAACAUGUUUGUGGCUUCAUAAACUUAUUACUUAAUCGCAGCAUUGUGUCACUUUCUCUGUUUUAUUCCUAAAAUAUCAGCCAGCAGGACUGAUUUCUGUUCAUGUGGUUGCUGUGUUUUUAUUCCCCUCCAGGUUUUUUGCCCUGACCUCUCUGCGCCUGCUAUUCCUACUCGCCUCAGGUUUGGCUGUUCUUGUCUGUGUUGAUACCUGGAGGAAUAAGAUCUGGCCAGAGAUCAAAGGUGCGAAAAAGUCCUAUUGGUGGAGACUUUCUAUAUUACUCAGCAGACUUUGACGUGAUCUACAUUUCCUGUAACUUCUCCUAUGUUAUGUCAUCUUCUCCGCCUCCUCAAUAACCCAGUGUUCUGUGUUUGUAACGAAUGUUUUCUGUCAAAGUAGAUUUGACGCCUGUCAGCAAACCUGCAGUCUGAACUUUGCUCAUGACACGGCACACUUUAGAGUACAGCUAAACUGAACCUGAUUCUGAACUUAUGACCUGUGUUACAAACUAAGCAUAAAAUAUUUCAAGAGAUCACAGGAUGAAAAGUAUAAAAUUAGCACAACUUUUUUUUUAAGCAUUCUACUCUCAGUAUAGUUUAAACUGGUGUCCAAGAUGAUAUGUUAUGUUCCUCGGAGAAUGAUCAGUGUUUUUCUUUCUACACAGUCAGGAACCAGGACGAUUCAGAAAAUGAGAGGUGUGUUACUGCGAACAAAGUACAACUUUAUAUAGUGCCAACAUUAAUAUGCUGUAACUAGGAAUCAGAUGACAGUGGUGGUUAUUUCUCUCUGGAUCUAGCUGGGGUCUGGUGCAGCCUGGCAUCCUCAGUGUGCCUGAGCUGUGCCACCACAUGGCUGAGGCCUGGGUCAGUGCAGCAGUGCUCACAUCUGGUAUAAUGGAGUAUAAACGACAGAACCCUGGCAAGGUAAGCACAGCACAGAUCAUCAAAAAGGAAACAUGUAUAAAAAGUAUCCUGAUGUGAGUCAUUCUUUACUGUGAGAUUACUCUGAGAGCAGGAAAGCUUAUCCUCCCUUAUGGUAAUAGUGAUUAUGUUAAGAGUGCAAAUGCCACUUUUGUUUUGAACUGUUUACUUGCUCUAUAACAAACGCGCUCUAUAGCUACUGACCUGAUUUUUUGUGUCUUUCCUCCUCCUUUAGUUCUGCAUCCUGACCUGUGGAGUGUUUGCAUUUUUGGCUGUAGUUGGACGCUGCAUCCCCGGACUUGUUCUUUCCUACUCUGCUGGUGAGUCUGUAAUGCUUAGCCAGUCCCAACUACAGAUGCGGAAACCUUCACCAAAGCAGGUUUGGCAGGGAAGCUCAUCCUCACUGGUCCUAUUAAAAAUUCAGAGGUGUGAAACUAGAUCUGCGGGCCCAGUCUGUGAGGUGAUUAAAGCCAAGAUGAGACACACAAGGAAAGAGUGAAGGGUGGUGAGGAAACGGACAGACAGCUCAGAAGGUCAGGCCGAGACCAGCUAAUCUCCUGACCUUAGAUCAGUGCAGGACUGAGAGACGAGAGCGCUUAAAGUCCACUGCUGUGACGUCCGAAACAAUUCACAGUAACUGGUACUCUCCUUUUGAGCUCCCCUCUGCCUCCCUCGGAGUGUAGUAGAGCUAAGACACAUUUGUUUGUACUUACUUGAAAAGACUCAGUACAGUCAUGUUCUAAUCAGCUUCACUGGACGCUUCUCCUUCUUUAUAACAUAUUCUGAUGUUCUUCUCUCCUGCAGUGUUAGCAACCCUACUGGCCCCUCUUGGAGCGUAUCACAGGAUCUUUCAGCAUGUGUGUGUGAAGCUGGAGCCGGCCCUGCAGCGGCUGGACUUCAGCGUUCGCGGAUACAUGAUGUCAAAGCCGAUCGAUAAUCAGUGUAAGUGUUAGGCCUAGAUUUUUUAUUUUUAUUUUAACAAAGAAAUUUGCAUUAAGAAAAAAAAUUAAAUCCAUAUUUUAAUGUUGGCUUACCUCUUCAGUUUUACCUGAUAAAUUGAACAUGUUGAAAGCAGUCAUUCGGGGCAAAUUGACUCUGUUCAAUGCCCUCAAAAAAUACUGUCUGAUAACAAAUAAUGUAAAAAAAAAAAGUUUAAUUCCAAUAGUUAUGUUGUGGUAAACUAAAAACUGUUUCAAUCACACUGAUACAUAACAUCAUUUAAUUUAAUGCAAGACUACAGCUAACUAACUGUUGUCAUUAUAUUUUAACCAAACAGCCAUGAAAUACAGAAUGCGACCAGUAAAUCUUUGCAUUGAUAAGAAGAGUGUUUGUCUUAAAACUACCCAAAGAAGUAAUAAGUGAAUAAAGUGUUUUUCUGCAUAUUGAUCACUAAUUCAGCUAUUAUGUGAUAUUUUACAGUGGGGCAGGGAUUGCUUCAGUAUCAUGUUGGCCAUGUCACAGAUUGUCUCCACAUUUGUGUUGUAGCUACUUCACCAAAGCUAUCAAACUCUGUACAGUCAGCAGUGAUUAUGACUAAGUGGCCUUAUCCCUCCAUUAAACCCUUUCCUGUGUUUGUUUUUUAUUUCUAUGUUUGUGAUUUUUUGUCCAGUCCUGCGGCGGCCGAUUCACGGUGCAGCUUCAGGUGAAGACAGUGACAGUGAGGAGGAGCUGGCUGCUUUUUGCCCAACAGUAAGUCUGUGGAAGCACCGAAGUGACUUGAUAUUCAAACUGAUCUUCACAUGAGCAGAGUAAAGCAAAGAAAGCAGAUAGAACUGAAAUAUAUCAGUGUAUGCGAAGCACCAUUAAAUACAGCUUUGAAGUAAUCUUUUCCAUCUUUUCCUGUCUUUCUUAGUUUGAUGAUGCUGUCGUUGCAAAGGAGCUUGCCUUGACUGACUCUGAGCACUCUGAUGCUGAGGUGUCCUACACUGAUAAUGGGACAUUUAAUCUGUCUCGUGGCCAGACGCCCCUCACAGAGGGCUCUGAGGGUAAGUAUGGGGAUUUUGUCUGUUUUCUUUUCAUGUAUUUUUCUGAUUCGUUCUUAUUUCUCACAGUCUCCCUGUCUUUACUUUGCUCAGAUCUUGACAGACACAGUGACGCUGAAGAAUCCUUUGCACAAGACCUCCCAGACUUCCCCUCCAUAAACCCAGAUGCCACACUAAUGGAUGAUGAUGACGAUACAAGUAUAGGUCUACCUAGUCUGGGUCCGAUUGGGCAAACUAGUCAUCGGGCCUCAGUGCUGGAUGUAGAUGCUCAUCUGGACUCAGACCAGGAGGAUCUGGAUGCAGAACUGUCCCUCAGCGGCCUGCCCCCUGCCACUGAUUUUACAGGAGACCUCGCUGGAGUCAUCGCCAGCAACAUGAUCCAAGCAGCACUAGCUGGAGCAAUGCAACCCCGCCGCCCUACCCAACGCAGAGAAGGCCCUCCGAGGGCUGGGGCCCACCGGAGCUACCGCAAGCAAUCUAGCUCCGAGCUGGACACAGACUUGGACGUAGAGGACUUUGAAAUGCUGGAUCAGUCUGAACUGAACCAGAUGGAUCCCAUUGGAGGAGGGGGGAGCAGGCGGGGGGAAAGCCAGGGUUCUACCUUCUUGUCUAGCUUGCUGGGUAAACCACAGUGAGGUGUGUGAGUAUGUGUGUUCAUGUAGGUGAGCUGUGAGUGUGUGCUGUGAGAGAGGAUUUUAGGUUCCAGCAGCCCUGCUUCAGAUUUGCAUCAGUUUAUCACUGUGAAGUUCUUUAUUUUUUCUAUCUUUCAGUCCCUUUGCUCCAGGGCUUUGAAACCCUGAUCACUUAAGUCUUUCUUUGUAGGCUGAGCAAUAGGAAAUAUAACAACCGAAGUCAAACAUUCACACAUUAGAAAAACCAGCAUUAUUGUUGAUCUUCAUUGCCAUCUUGUAAUCGUGUGCACCCAAAGAUUACAAGAGUUCUUGUCAGAUAAAGAACACUGGUGCCCAUGAAAUCCUUUCUACCUGGAGAUGUUCACAUACAGGGCUAUUUAAUAUGGGACCAAAUAUCACAUUCCUGUUGGUAGAGCUGAGCCAUGUUGCUGUGAAAAUGACAUCAUAAAACACAGUUUUGGAUCUUUAUUUUUUUACAUCACAUCUUGUAACAGAAGCUCGUGUUGCUGUUGAUACUCUGCUGUCCAAGUAACAUGCGGCUGUGAUCUGUUAGAAUAUGACUCAUUCAAUAUUACAGGUUUACACAAUUUAUUUAACUCUCAGCUGCUGUGGUUGGAGAAAGCCCUUUGCGAUAAAGAUGGAUGAAGAUUUCAGUAGUUUACUUGGUUUUCUGUUCUUCUCAUCCUUCCUCUUUUUUGGGGUAUGAAGACACGUGAAAAGCUUGUGUUGUUUUUAUUGAAGAAUGUUACUUUACAGUCUUAAGAUACCAAGCGUGCGGAGUAACACGGGAUGUUAUGUUUGCUGUUUGUUGUAUUUAUAAAACUCAUGCCCCUGGGUGAGCUUGUUUUUCUAAAAAAAAAACGAGCUAAUAGUUUUUCAUCAUUUUUCCCUUUUCAACUUCAGAUCCAAAAUGUUUUGUGUCGUUUUUUAAUACCUUCGAUUAGCUCACAGUGUGUGUGUUUGUUUUUUUUCUUUCAAAAAUAAUUUUGAAGCAAAUUUCAUUUUAUCAUUUACCAUCUUUGUAUUUCAUGUAGCCAUCAGCCAUGCUGAACUUUCUAGAGAAAACACAAAUAUUCCUCAAUUCACAGAUCUUUUUCUAUUUUAAUGGGGAAAUAUGUUUACAUAAAAAUUGGGUUGAGUUCUUCUUGUUUCCUUUUUUUUAAGUGUUAGUAUGUAGAGGUUCAAAGUGGCUUUUGUGUACAGGUCGGUUUGACUUUCUUUUGAUGGUCAAACUCUGUCAGUAUGUCAAAACCUAACGGUGACUAUGGCACUUAUAACUUAAAAAGCCACAGGUUGGAUUUGCUGAAUUAGUUACAUCAAAGAGUCUACAAAUGCUGAGGUUUAACAAGAAGAAAAUACAUGACUCUCUUUUUAAUCGUGUUAUUUUGAUUUUAAAUCAUAGCUGCAAAUAUUCAAGGCGAGGCAAACUGCUGGAUCCGCAUCUAUGAGCUGAAGUAAAAGGAGUUCUGCACUGAUAGGAAGUUGGUUGGAUUUGGAAGUCUUGGUAUUAUGCCCUCGGUGAACCAGAAUGUUGCUCAUUGCUGCGUCAGAUGAUCUGUAGUCAGUUUGCUCAUGUAUUGUGGAUAGUAGUGUAUUUUCUUCUCUGUAUCUGGUUUUGAUAUGUUUUGAUGUGUAAAUCGUAUUGAAUAAAAUGUUUGCAAUAAAAUCUCUGUCUACCAUUU